GAAAUGUCUUGCUCACACAAUAAGGCCGGCGGAAAGCCAGAGUGGCGGCGGGAAAAUGUUGGGAAUUUUUUGAAAACAAGAUGUUGCGUUGAUCAUACUGGUACCGGGCCGCGACCACUCUGGAACAUCAAUGCCAAGCUGAGCAACGAGUUAGCACGGCCGCAUCGACAAGAACCGCGAGCAGCUGCGCGGCAGCUCCACCACCUUUAUCGCAAGAAAAAACUGCUUCACUGUGAACUUGUGAUGCAGAAAAUGAAGCACCAAGGUGUCUGUCUUGCUACACCUGCAAGACAUUGGAUUUUCAAGCGUGUUCUCCCUUGGGAAGCGCGCAUGGCAAAUAUAAUUCUGUGUCAUGUGUAACGAACUUGUAUGUAAUGCAGAUCCUGCAAAAUCAUCACAGUGAAGCAGUUUUUUUGUUGGAUAAUCUUCUAAACAAGAAGUAUCUGCUGCCCGCACAACUACAUGUGGCGGCAGUUUCUCCGAGUCCGAUUCAGAAAAAGCGAGGAGGUUUUCAAAAAAAAAACACGAGCUACUAG